UAGAAAUAGCUUUGCAUCCCUCAAAAUUUCACAAUCGCGCACCGCACCGUAGUAAUACUUUUUAACGUUUUUCACAUUCACCUGAACGAAAUUCAAAACGACACACUGCUAUAUGAGGCGGCUACUUUCGGUUCCAGUUCGAUAAAACAGUAUUCGGGAGAGCGGACAAAAUUGGGCAGUGUAAUCUUCGAGAUCAGCCGCUGUUCCACAAACUUCGUUCGUUCAAUCGUUGGGUAACCUAUCAGAAAACCCGGGGAAAUGGCAUUCCGGCUGUUAAGCACGGCCAAAACGAUGGGCAGCCUGAUGAGGCGAAACUACACGCCCGGAAAAGUUCAGAGGGCAACAGGAGGGUUACCCAUAGGAGCGACUGGAGCUGGAGUCUACAUGUUCCCAGUGGAACUGAAUCCGCUUAUCCGCUACAUAGCCAAACAGAUCCAGCUGCUCUGCAAAAAGCCGCCCAAGGGGUUCGAGAAAUAUUUUGAAGCCGGCGGCAAAUCUUCCCAGCCCAAGGGAACUGCCGCCGAAGGAAAACCAUCAUCCGGAUCCAACAAGUCCGCUUCUGAAAAGCCCAGUACAUCGUCGCCGGCGCCAGCGAAACAAGCAAGAUCCGCCCAAGAACCAAAAUCUGAUUGGAAUUUCGGAAUGUUCAGCAACACUACCAGAGGUCCCUCUGGAAGGAGUAACGCACCUGGCGGAAGGCCACUAAGCGAAGGAGGCGGUGGCGGGGACCGGGAGCGUUGGAUUCUGCUGGGUGCCAUUGGCGCAGUGGUACUUGUUGGAUCGUUUGCCUUUUUCGAGAUGGGCUACAAGGAAAUCUCUUGGAAGGAAUUUGUCAACAGCUACCUUUCAAAGGGAAUGGUGGAGAAGCUGGAAGUGGUCAACAAGAAAUGGGUCCGCGUACGAUUACAACAAAAUAACAGCAGUGGAGGCGUUCUCUGGUUCAACAUAGGCAGUGUCGAUAGCUUUGAGAGGAACCUGGAAACGGCACAGACAGAACAGGGCACCGAGUCGAUCAACUUUGUGCCUGUCAUCUACCGCAAUGAGGUUGAGGCGGCCAGUUUGACUGGCCUGCUGCCGACGCUGCUCAUCAUCGGAUUUUUGGUCUACAUGAUGCGCAAGUCCGCCGACAUGAUGGGUGGUGGACGAGGGCGGAAAGGUGGUGGUCUCUUCGGUGGCGUUAUGCAGUCUACUGCCAAGCUGAUCAAUCCCAAUGAGAUUGGUGUAGGCUUCAAAGACGUUGCCGGCUGCGAGGAGGCCAAGAUUGAGAUCAUGGAGUUUGUUAACUUUUUGAAGAACCCCCAGCAAUACAUUGACCUGGGUGCGAAGAUACCAAAGGGGGCCAUGCUUACUGGUCCACCCGGCACGGGUAAAACGUUGCUAGCAAAGGCCACUGCCGGCGAAGCGAAUGUGCCUUUUAUCACAGUGUCGGGAUCAGAGUUCCUGGAGAUGUUUGUGGGCGUUGGUCCAUCCCGAGUGCGGGACAUGUUUGCCAUGGCUCGUAAGCAUGCUCCCUGCAUUUUGUUCAUCGACGAAAUCGACGCUGUUGGCCGCAAGCGAGGCGGCAAGACAUUCGGUGGUCAUUCGGAGCAGGAGAAUACCCUUAAUCAGCUGCUAGUCGAAAUGGACGGUUUCAACACCACAACGAAUGUGGUGGUGCUGGCCGCCACGAAUCGAGUUGAUAUUCUUGACAAAGCUCUCAUGCGACCAGGUCGAUUCGAUAGACAAAUCUAUGUCCCCGCUCCGGACAUUAAAGGCAGGGCUAGCAUCUUCAAGGUGCACUUGGGUAACCUCAAAACCGAGCUGGACAAGAAUGACCUGAGCCGAAAGAUGGCGGCCCUCACGCCUGGCUUUACUGGUGCCGAUAUUGCGAACGUUUGUAACGAAGCUGCUCUGAUUGCCGCCCGCGACUCGAAGGAUUCGAUUAUCCUGAAGCAUUUCGAGCAAGCCAUUGAACGUGUCAUCGCUGGCAUGGAGAAGAAAACAAACGUGUUGGCGCCCGAGGAGAAGCGCACGGUGGCGCAUCACGAGGCUGGGCAUGCGGUGGCAGGCUGGUUCCUGGAGCACGCCGAUCCUUUGCUCAAAGUCUCGAUCAUCCCCCGCGGCAAAGGCUUGGGCUAUGCCCAGUACCUGCCCAAGGAUCAUUAUCUGCUCUCCAAGGAGCAGCUAUUCGAUCGCAUGUGCAUGACUCUGGGUGGUCGUGUUGCGGAAGAGUUAUUCUUUAAUAGGAUCACCACCGGUGCCCAGGAUGAUCUCAAGAAGAUCACGGAUAUCGCCUACUCGCAAGUGGUUCGCUUCGGCAUGAACGACAAAGUGGGUCAGGUGAGCUUCGAUGUGGGCCAAGCUGGUGAUCCGGUGUUCAGCAAACCCUACUCGGAAGAUACUGCCCAACUGAUUGAUGGCGAAGUCAGGAGCAUUAUCAAGUGCGCCCACGAAGCCACAACCGAUCUGCUGAGCAAACACAAGGAGGAUGUGCGUCGCGUAGCUGAGAGAUUGCUUCAAAACGAGGUUCUCAGCCGAGACGACAUGAUCGAGCUGCUCGGACCCCGCCCAUUCAAGGAGAAGUCCACCUACGAGGAGUUUGUCGAAGGAACUGGAUCCUUUGAGGAGGACACAAGUCUGCCCGAAGGUUUGAAGAGUUGGAACAAGGAAAAGGAGCGCCCGCAGCCAUUAGACACAGACAGCACGCCCUCGUCACCGCCCACCAAGCCCGUGACUGCGGGGAGCGGUUAGAUGUCCGUCGUUGAGUCGGAGUAGUAGUGUUUCACGCUAAACAUAAUUUUGUUUUUGUUGUAGCCCCUGGAGAGCGCCUUAAUCUGUGGCGCAAGAUAACUCCCCAUCCAGAGUUUGAAGUCACAGAACUGUUCAUUGUUUUUGCAUAAUUUUAAGACCAAGCGCAAACCCGUUCUAAAUUUCCCGUAGACCGUCUUUCUGAAACGAAACUAUAAAUGGUUAAAAACUGUCAGUGUGGGAAAACGAAAUUAAAUAUUUGCUGGUGUGAAAAAAUGUC